CUCAAUUGCCUUGCUUCCAACUCAUCAACAUCAACAUCAACGCUACCCCACCAUCAUCGACAUCUCCACCUCUCUAGCUCGACCAACCCAUAAAUCUUCUAGUGAAACUACGAACAUCCGCCAAAAUGCCUAAGAUCACCACCGUCCUCUUCGACUGCGACAACACCCUCGUCCUCUCCGAGGUUCUCGCCUUCGAAGCAUGCGCCGACCUCGCCAACGAGAUCCUCGAGAAGAAAGGCAACCCUAAGCGUUACACUGGCCCGGAGCUCCUCAAGGACUUUGUCGGCCAGAACUUCCGCGGCAUGAUGGUCGGCCUGAUGGGCAAGUUUGACAUCACCCUCACCGACGCCGAACUGGACGAGUACGUCGAGAAGGAGCUGCAAGCCGUCGUCAAGAAGCUCGAGGCCAAGGCCGAGCCCUGCAUUGGCGCCAUGGACGAGGUUGACGCCCUGCACAAGGAAGGGAAGUACAAGAUGGCCGUCGUCAGCUCCAGCGCCCUCAGCCGCGUCAAGGCCUCCCUCGACAAGGUCGGCAUGGACAAGUUCUUCCGCCCCGACUGGGUCUACAGUGCCGCUACCUCACUCGAGAAGCCUACCUCCAAGCCCAACCCGGCCGUCUACCUGUUCGCCUGCAAGCAGAUCGGCGUCAACCCGGGGGAGUGCGUCGCUAUUGAGGACAGCAAGAGCGGCGCCACCGCGGCGAAGAAUGCGGGGAUUCCACUGAUUGGGUAUGUUGGGCCGUACGAGGACGAUGAGAUUGAGGAGAAGACGAAGAUGCUGAAGGAGGAGUGCGGCGCUAUCGUCGUGAUGAAGCACUGGAGCGAGUUCCGCGACUGCCUCAAGAAGGUCGAGGAGGCGCCGGCGGUGUCUUCCGUGUGAGGGAUUCCGUUCCUCAUCAAUCAGGCGGAUCAGACGGAGGUUUGAACAGCCAUGUGUGACGAUGCUCAAGGAGGAAUGAACAGCAAUUGCAAACUUC